AUGGCCACUGGCUUGCGAGGCGCAUGGCAAGCGGCGAUCGCUCCUCCGCGUCGGAGUCUCGCCACCUCGUCCGCGCUGCUCGCCGCCGCUGCGAGCGACAAGAAGCGCAUCGCGGUGCUUGGCGGUGGCAUUGCAGGAUUGACCUCCGCCUACCGUCUCGCGCAGCAGCUACCUCAAGACAGAUACGAUGUGGUCCUGCUUGAACAGCAGAGCCGCCUCGGCGGCUGGAUCCAGUCCGAACGAAUCAGCCUGCCCUCGGACGCAUCGACGUCGCCAAGCCCCACAGCGCUCGUGGAGAUGGGACCGCGCAGCAUCCGUCCUGCAGGCUACUCUGGGCUGGUGAUGCUUCAGCUCGUCCAAUCGCUUGGACUGCUCGAGCGUCUUCUGCGGGUGCCCAAGACGGCGCCUUCAGCACAGAAUCGAUUCCUUUACUUCCCGGACAAGCUCGCCAAGCUGCCCAGCAGCAUCCCCUCGCUUCUUUCCGCCCUGUUCAAGCUCCCCUUCCUUCGCGCCAUCGUGCCCAGCAUCAUCCGAGAGCCGCGUGUGCCCUCGCGCUUCCUCCGACCGCGCUCCGAAUCCCAGGCCGAGAAGAAGCGGCUGCAGCAGCGCGAACUGCUCGACGACGAGAGCGUCGACUCGUUCGUCUCGCGCCGCUUCGGCAAGGGUGUCGCCGAGAACCUCGUCUCGGCUGUCAUACAUGGCAUCUAUGCAGGCGAUACGCGCAAGCUCAGCGUGCGUGCAGUGAUGCCGUUCCUGUGGGAAGCCGAGCGCGUUCAUGGCAGCGUGCUUCGCAGCAUGCUCCCCGCCAAGCGCAACAAGCGUCACCGCCCGCUGCCCGAGCCCGAAGCAGCAGCAAAGGCCGCCAAGGAAGACCGCCUCAAGCAUGUCGAGCAACAGCUGGGCAAGGAGCUUGUCGAUAGCUUCAAGGGCAUCAGCGUGUACAGCUUCCCCGAGGGCGUCCAGGAGAUCGUCGCCGCUCUCGAGCAGCGUCUCGCAGCGCUCCCCAACGUUCAGCUUCGCACGAAUGAAGGCGUUCGCGCUAUCAACAUCGACGAGUCCGGCAAGCUUAGAAUCACCACUGCGUCGGGCGAGUCUAUCGAAGCCGACCGCGUGAUCUCGAGCGUCCCAUCGUCCAAGCUCGCCGACAUCCUGCCGAGCGCCGAGCUGCCGCAUCUCAAGCACAAUCCGGCUGCCAACGUGGCGGUGGUCAACGUGGUGAUCUCGCCCAGCGCUGCUGCCGAGGCGGGUCGCGCGCUCGUGCCCGUGCAGGGCUUUGGCUACCUCAUCCCGCGCACGACGCCGGGCAACGACGACGGCAUCCUCGGCGUCGUCUUCGACAGCGAUGCGGUGCCGGACCAGGACGCGGCUGAGCCCUCGCGUCGUCCCGUCAAGCUCACAGUAAUGAUGGGGGGUGCGCACUGGGCGGGGCUCGAGCAGCUGCCGGACGAAGACGAAGUGAAGGCACGCGCGGUGCGUGCGCUCUCGCGUCAGCUCGACAUCGAUGCGCAACUGCUGCGCGACGCGAGCAAGGUGACGAUCAAGCCGACAAUGCAGCGAGAGUGCAUUCCGUGGUACCUGGUGGGGCAUCCGGUGCGCAUGGCGCAGCUGCACAAGGCGCUCGCCGGCAACGCUCAUCUGGCAAGCAGGCUCACGCUCGUCGGCGCGAGCUAUACGGGUGUCAGCCUCAACGACUGCGUUGCGUACGCCACCGAGGCAGUCGAGCAGAUUGUCGCCGCCGAGUUGCACGGUGACGAUCAGACCGUCACAGGCCUUGCGUCGUUCGCCAUCCCGCCUCCCGCUGCGCCCGCGGCAGCGAGCGCAGUGCGCCGCGUGGCACAACGCGGCACUGCAGGCCUCCCAUCGCAGGGCCUCGUUGGACCCGCAUCUUCACCGACCAUGCAGUUCGGCCGCGCACUGCACACACGACGGGCCUUCUCCACCUGUCGUGCACUGCACGAACAAGGCCAGCCUACUGCACCAGCCCCGACGACGGUUGUCGGUGAGAAAGCCAACAAGAGUCUGCGCGAGAUCCUGCUCGACAGUGUGCGCGCGUCGGGGCCGAUGACGGUCUCGACGUACAUGCGCACGUGUCUGCUGGACCCGAUGCAGGGCUACUACGCCUCGGCCAACUCGCCCGCGACGGAACGCGAGGUGCUCGGCUCGCGCGGCGACUUUAUCACCUCGCCCGAGAUCUCGCAGGUCUUUGGCGAGCUUCUGGCGAUCUUUUACCUGGCGCGCUGGCAGGCGGUCGGAUCCCCCGCCUCGACGCGGCUGGUCGAGCUCGGACCGGGUAAAGGCACGUUGUUGGCCGAUAUGCUGCGAACGUUUGCUUCGUUCCGACCGUUUAUGGCUACGCUCAAGCGGAUCCAGCUGGUGGAGACGAGUGCGGGCUUGAUGGAGCUGCAGCUGUCUGCGAUUCGAGACGCCCUGGCCGCGGCAGGUAAGCGCGUGGUAGAUGCCGAGGAAGAGGUGGGGGAAGAUGGAGUGGUGGUCGAGUGGUUCCCCAGUGUGGAUAUGGUGCCGAUUGUGGCGGAGGAGUUUAGCAUUGUGACGGCACACGAGUUUUUCGAUGCGCUGCCGACGCAUAUCUUCGAGAAGCAUGUGGACGGAAAGUUCCGCGAGGUGCUAGUGGGGAUCAAGCCCAAGAGCAGCAUUACCGUGCUGCGGCCGGGACAGGAGAUGGAGGCGCCCAAGGAGGAGCUUGGCUUUGUGCUUUCGCCGACGCCUACGCCGUGGGCGCAGAUGCUGGUGCAGAACAAUCCGCGCUUUGCAGCGCUCCAACCGGGACAGCGCGUCGAAGUGUCCCCCGAGUCGUGGGCUGUCGCACGCCGCGUAGGAGAACUGGUUGCUGGUCGACCCGCCUCGCCCCCUCGCAAUCCCGCUGCCACCGAGGAGCAGAAUCAGCAGUACGACGAAGCGGAACAGCAGCGUCUGGGAGCCAACUCGGCCGGAGGCGUGGGGUUUAUCAUCGACUACGGAGGAGACCAGGCAUACGGCGCCUCGUUCCGAGCCUUUAAACAGCACGCACUCGUCGACGUCUUCCAGUCCCCCGGUGCAGUGGAUCUGACGGUCAACGUCGACUUUUUGCAUCUCAAGUCGGCGCUGCACACGACGAAUGCACGCUACGCAGGGCCGAUCGACCAAGCCGACCUGCUUGUGGGAAUGGGUCUGCAGAUGCGAGUCGAUCGCCUGCUUCAGGGCAAAGACGACUCGGCGCGCAAGAGGAUCAUUGAUGCGGCGAACCGGUUGAUCGACGAAACCGGCAUGGGUGUCCAGUACAAGGCACUGGCGGUUGCGGCUGCCCCCGUCCCACCUGCCGAUCCAAGGACGCAAGUGCGCGAUAAAAAGCAAGACCCAGACAUGUAUCCGUUCGAGUUCGAACAGUAA